UUCAAGAAGUGGCCUCUUCCGUGCUGACGUCACACGCUUAGACAACAAUGGCGGCAGCACUGUUCAGAGGGAGAGCUGCAAGUUUAGUUGCAGGAAGAAAAAAUGUAUUUUCUGCACUGCAGCUCACUCGACCUCAGUCGAACUUCUUCGCUCCGGUUGAAGAUGUCAUGCUGCCGAGCGGGAGCUUCAACAACAAAGUGGCCUUCAUCACGGGCGGGGGUACGGGACUGGGCCGGGCCAUGACCACCACCCUGUCCCAGCUGGGAGCGCAGUGUGUCAUUGCCAGCAGGAAGUUGGACGUCCUGCAGCAGACGGCAGAGGAAAUCGGGAAGGAGACUGGAAACAAGGUUCACGCUGUCCAGUGUGACGUCAGAGACCCUCAGGCUGUCUCCAAGUGUGUGGACCAGAUUGAGGCCCUGGCCGGACUGCCUGAUGUGAUCAUCAACAACGCUGCAGGAAACUUCAUCAGUCCGUCAGAACGUCUGUCUCCGAACGGCUGGAAGACCAUCACCGACAUCGUCUUGAACGGGACCGCGUUCGUUACUUUGGAGCUUGGCAAGAGACUGAUCCAGAAACAGAAAGGAGCCUCUUUCUUGGCCAUCACCACCAUCUACGCAGAGUCCGGCUCUGGUUUCGUGGUUCCCAGUGCGUCUGCCAAGGCUGGAGUUGAGGCGCUGUACAAGUCUCUGGCUGCAGAGUGGGGGCGGUAUGGUCAGAGGUUCAACAUCAUCCAGCCUGGACCAAUCAAAACGAAGGGGGCCUUCAGCCGUCUGGAUCCAACUGGAGCCUUUGAAAAGAGCAUGAAGCACCGGAUUCCCACCGGCCGACUGGGGACCAAAGGAGAGAUCGCAAACUUGGCCGCCUACAUGAGCAGUGACUUCGCCACCUGGAUGUCUGGAGCUGUGAUUCGACUGGAUGGAGGAGAGUAUGUGUUCAUAUCAGGAGAGUUCAACAAUCUGAUUAGUGUGACGCCAGAUCAGUGGAAGGCCAUGGAGGCCAUGAUCAGAAACACUAAAGGGUCCUAAAUAAAAAUGAUUGAAACAAUCAGAUCUCUGCAGGUCCACCGUCUGCUCCUGACACUGAUGAAGAAGAACUGAUUGGCACUCAGUCACUAUAUAAAAAAAAAAAAUGAACAGGUUUUUUUUCCCUCUUCAAUUUGGUUGAUCAAAUAUCUGCUUAUUUGAUUGAUAAAACGCAGGAAUUAAAUAGUUUUACUGCCGUUUUCUUUCUCCAAGAAAACACUCACUCGAUGGUUAGGCGUAGACGCAUGUGGCCUUAUUUACCGAUGUUUUACCUCCACAAAAACAGGCACAAAUGUGAUGAUUGUGAGCUGAUUCAUGAAGAAGUGGCACUGUGGAUUGCCUGCGCAAACUAGUUUCCAUUUUCCAUUUUUGAUGCAUAUGCAGUAUCGGGUGUGUCCACCUGGGCUGGGAAAAUUUUAAAAGGACUACUUAUGUCAAGGAGAUGAUGCCAGAAGCAUGAGAGAGGAUGAUGAAUCCAGAUUUCCCUCUCGUGUGUCCACCUUCCUGGUCUGGCUGAGGCUGACGUGGAGCCUGAUGGAAAGAAAAGCCAAGCUGUGCCUACUGUAAACCACCAGCUGCACAAUUUCCUUCAGGAAGUUUAAAGUCUGAAUUAUUUGAUCUGUUGUUCUGUUUUCCUCUUUAGUCAAAAUGACCUUCCUGCUGUAAAGGGAUAUCACAGCGGUUUAAUGUAUGCAGUUGAAACAUCGUGACAAAACUAAAUCCUAAAAGUCUUUCCUGAGACUUCCGUUGUGACUUCUGUCCUGCGAUCAUGAAAUCCGGGAGUCUGGGAUAAAGACAGAAGAAACACUUGUUGUCCCUGGAGAUGUGACUGUGGGUGAACGUCUGCUUCCUGUCAAGUAAACUGAGGAAACGUGGGCUAAAAACCUGAGCCGUGUGAGUCCAGGUCCACAUGUGAACCCGACCUGCAGCUGAAACGACCAAUCUGCAGAUGUGUGCUCUGAAGCUACCGAUGGCUAUAAUUCCAGAUUGAUACUGCAUUUCUCUGUGUUAAGUUGUCACUAAUUUUGAUUGGAGCUUGGUUUUAGUUUCACCAUGUAAAUGUGAUAUUGUUGAGUUUUAUAAUACAAAGAAUUAAACUUUUUUUGCGGUUCUGA